ACUUUUAUGCAAAUUCUUACACAAUCCAAGAUGGCAGCGUCCAUGGUCAACCAGUUUUUGGCUACUUCGUGGAGAACAGCUUCCCGUUUUUUACUGUUUCAAAAGAUUCAUCUCGGAUCAUCAAGCAGACUAUUCACAUCGUCAAGCAAUCCCAUUGACCCACCACUAAAUGCAGAGAUUCCUAUCCCUGAAUGGAAACAGCCUGAGAAUGAAAGCAUUGAGCUGAAACGCGCCAGGCUGCUCUACCAGAGCCGCAAGAGGGGCAUGUUGGAGAAUGGUCUCUUACUCAGCACAUUUGCAGCCCGCUAUCUGCCCGCACUGAACGACGCACAGCUGGAGCAGUAUGACCAGCUGAUCAACAAACCUAACAAUGACUGGGACAUCUUCCACUGGGUAACAGAGCACAAACCUACACCAGAUGAGUACCAGGGCGAUGUGAUGGACCUCCUGAAGGAGCAUGUCUCCAAUGUCAACAUGGAAUCAAGAAUCAGACAACCAGAUCUACCAGAAGAAGAAAUCAGGAAGAUGUGAAACCAGCCUCCCAACCCCCUCCCCCACCCUCCCCACUUGUAGUAGACAUGGUGCCCACAUGUAUGUAAUUGGGCAUAUGCUGGAGUGUACAAUUGUGACAUUAUACUAUCCACAAGUCAUCAGCCAAAGCUGCUGUGCCGCUUGGGUGUUGACCUGAGCACAUGUUCUCGAUUGUAAAUAGUUCCUGAAAGCAAUGUGAUCCUGUUUUGAUAACUACAUAUUGUUUGCUCAAAUUGAAUUCCAGAUAGACUUGCUACAGAAUUAAACUUAUCACUUGCAAAAAAAAAGGAACUGUUGUCGAUUUGCACAGGGGCUGUCCAGUUAAAAGAAAAGGCCUUCAUCAUUGGUUCAUCUCAAAUUGCUUGGUAUUUUGUAACUCAUUUCUAAUAGUAUGACAGAUUGGCUGAAAAGUGUCCAUUGACAAAUAGGGUAGCAACUUAUAUGUAUUUCUUUGACAGUACACAUUAACCAUUCAUGAAAGAGAUCUGGAACUUCUCACAUGCCAUGGCUGAUGGUAAUACCGGAGUCUUAUAUAGCGCACGUAUAUACCAACAAUUAGGAACUCAAAGCACUGGAAAUAUGUCUAUAAUUAAAGACGGGUAAAUGAAGUUUAUGAGAAAUAUUAGACCCAUGGUGUAGCACCUUGUAAGGGUAUACAAGGUGCUGCGGCGCAUUUUGCAGCCACUGCCAGAAACACUGGGGCAAACCCCUUCUCUUAGCGAUAAAUAUUACUGUGUUUUGAAUUGUGCAUUACGCAACGCAUGGGACCUACGGCUUCACGUCCCAUCCAAAGGAUGAAGCAAUCAUCACAACCUUAGAUGUUCUGGUAAGUAAAGGGUUAUAACGUAAAAAAAAUUGACAAUGUAAAACCAAAGCAUUUCUGGAUUCAACCACAAUUGUUCCAUCACUGUUAUUAGAAUUCUGUGUAAAAUACAAAAAUUAAGAGCUGUAAAUAACUUUGUUUUAUGAACUGGAAUAAGAGUGAAAGAAAGACAAACUAUAAAUAAACUUCAAACAAAAUCUCAUUUGCCUUUAAUAAAUUAUUUGUUUGCAAACAGUGUAAUUGUUACGUUUACUGCAAUUCUACAAAAUGGUAAUUUUUAAGAGCAGUGUACCCUGUAUCAAAAUGUACAACAGCAUACAGGAAAUAUAAUAGAAUUUAAAAUUGGUUGUGGUAACUUCAGCUUAAAAUCAAAAGAUGGGUACAUUACAUACCUUUUGUUUUUAAUCAUAAAGUAAUAAUGAGAAACCUUGAACCGUUCCAAACAUUUUUUUUUAACUGAAUCUUUGGUCAUAUCUAGCAUCCAGUCUGCAUUUAAACUGCUUCUCUUUCACAAAGCAAUAAAAAAGUUUCUACUUUGUUAUGCAGUCAUUGA